AUGACAGAACCGAUAGGCAAUUCAGAUCCGGCAGUUGUUCCAUCUACCAAACCUUUAGACCCACCGAAAAAAGUCAAGGAUCCACGUCGAGUCGAAGCGGGGGAAAAAUUGGCAAAGAUUAGUCAGCAGGCCAAAGCUGCGAAAAAAGCAAGGUUGGAAGAAAAUUUAAAAACAGAAGUUCGCGAAAGUUGUAUGACGGAAGGUGGAGGAUGAUGGAUUUCCGUCGAAAAAUUAUGUAUGUUAUUUGGAUUAGGAAUCGGAUUAGGAUCGUUGUAUCUGACGUGGAAAAGUCGUGAUGAUAAAAAACCUGUGAAACAGGAUGAAAUUAUCUACGAGAAUAACAACGAUGUGGAAAAGGAUCCGCCGAAAGAACCGUUCGACGACUUGUUUGACUAG